UUCAAGCACACAACGCUGAACAUCGGUCCCAAAGGUGCUCUAGAAAGUCUCCAGAAGGUCAUUUCAUGGAGGCCAAUAGCCAUCAUGCACAGCUUAACAAGGGAGAGGAGAAUGAGAUGGAGAUAUUCGGCUAUAAAAGCCAGGGCAGCCGGAGAGCCUUGUGCAUUGCUGGAUACAUCUUGUCCUGUGGGGCUCUGCUGCUGCUGUUUUACUGGAAGCCAGAAUGGGAUGUGUGGGCAAACUGCAUCCCCUGCAGCUUGGAAGAAGCAGAUGUUGUACUGCUUAGAACAACAGAUGAAUACCGGAAUUAUUCUCGUAAGAAAGUGACUUGGAUCUCUGUGUCUGCAAUUAUAAAAAAUAGACCAGAUUAUCCAGCCAUUGUUGGGGAAGAUUCAAUCUUCAAUGAAGCCAUAAUGAAGCCAAGUUUACAAGUGAAAAGCAUCCAAGUACAAAAAAUCCGGUAUGUCUGGAAUAUCUCUGUAAAACAGUUCCAGAAAGUUGGAGCUCUGGAAGAUCACCACACAUGUUCAGCAAUACAUUCCAAAUUCGGUUCUGGUCUCACCUGUGAUGAACAGAAUGUCAGGAGACUGAUAUGUGGGCCAAACACUAUUGAUGUUCCAGUGAUCCCUAUUUGGAAACUACUCAUCAAAGAGGUCUUAAAUCCAUUUUACGUGUUCCAGCUAUUCAGUGUGUGUCUGUGGUUUGCUGAAGAUUAUAAGGAGUAUGCCAUUGCCAUCAUAAUCAUGUCUCUGCUCUCCAUUGCUUUGACUAUUUAUGAUCUUAGACAGCAAUCACUUAAGCUGCACGGACUGGUUGAGUCUCAUAACAACGUCACGGUCACUGUCUGCAGAAAUAAAGAAGGUUUUAAAGAACUGGAAUCAUGCCUUCUUGUCCCUGGAGACAUGCUGGUUUUGAAAGAGGGCAGAGCUCUUUUACCAUGUGAUGCCAUCCUGAUCAGCGGACAGUGCAUUGUAAAUGAGAGCAUGCUGACAGGAGAAAGUAUUCCAGUAACAAAGACCCACCUACCACUAGCCGAUAACAUCAAGCCCUGGAGAAUUCAUUGUGCAGAGGAUUACAAAAAACAUGUCAUCUUCUGUGGAACAGAGGUCAUACAGACCAAGGCAGAUGACAGAGGACACGUGAAAGCUGUGGUGCUGCGGACUGGUUUCAAUACAGCCAAAGGGGAUCUGGUGAGAUCCAUUCUCUACCCUAAACCCAUGAACUUCAAGCUGUACAGAGAUGCUCUUCGGUUCCUGAUGAUCCUCAUAGCAUUUGCAACAGUUGGAAUGAUCUAUGGAGUGUGUGUAUUUGCACUUGGUGGGGAGGAGGCAGGUGAAGUAGUGAAGAAGGCCCUGGAUGUUAUCACUAUUGCUGUCCCUCCAGCUUUGCCAGCUGCCUUGACAACAGGGAUCAUUUAUUCCCAGAGGAGGCUGAAGAAAAAGGGCAUCUUCUGCAUCAGCCCGCAGCGGAUCAACAUGUGUGGACAGCUAAACCUCGUCUGCUUUGAUAAAACUGGCACCUUAACAGAAGAUGGCCUGGAUCUCUGGGGCUUGCUGCCCUCUGAAAGAAACUGCUUCCAGGACGUUCACAGCUUUCCUGCAGACCGCAGCCUGCCUUGGGCCCCAGUGUUGAGAGCAAUGGUAGUCUGUCAUUCACUAGUUGUACUGGAUGGCAAAAUUCAAGGAGACCCACUAGACCUGAAAAUGUUUGAGGCAACUGACUGGGUGAUAGAUGGCUCCAGUGCAUACCAGAGUGAAGGUCAAGGAUCUGCACAUACUACAAUUGUUAGACCUGGGCCUAAAGCCAGCAGUGCACCAGUAGAAGGCAUUACCAUUUUGCAGCAGUUUCCAUUUUCUUCAGCCUUGCAGAGAAUGUCUGUCAUUGCUCAGGAAAUCAGUGGGGAAAAAGAAGUUUUCACAAAAGGAGCUCCAGAAACAGUAGCCAAGUUAUGUAGAGCAGAAACAGUCCCAUUGAACUUCGAAAGCAAACUUCUGCUCUAUACAGCGCAAGGCUUUAGGGUCAUUGGACUGGCAUAUAAACCUCUACAGGCAGAGAGGCAAUCUCUUGAUUUAACAAGGGAGGAGAUGGAAUCUGAUCUGACAUUCCUGGGCCUGCUGAUAAUGGAGAAUCGACUGAAGAAAGAAACAAAGUCCGUCCUAGAGGAGCUCAGUGCUGCACGCAUCAGGAAUGUUAUGGUCACAGGUGACAAUAUUCAGACAGCUAUAACUGUUGCCAGAAAUGCUGGGAUGAUUUCUCCAACCAACACAGUGGUUCUUGUGGAAGCAAACAAAACACCUAGGUCUUUUUCAGCAUCUGUAACGUGGAAACUACUAGAAGAAAACAAAACUAAAGAUUAUGGAAGCUUGGAUGAUUGCAGUCAGGCAGGAAGAAGAAUGAGGCUCGCAGCUGGAUCAGGCCAAUACCAUUUUGCCAUGAGUGGAAAAUCGUAUCAAAUUGUGGCACAGCAUUUCAGCCACUUACUUCCAAAGCUCCUGCUGAAAAAUGGAACAGUUUUUGCUAGAAUGUCUCCCAGUCAAAAAUCCAGCCUCGUAGAAGAGUUUCAAAAGCUGGAUUACUUUGUGGGCAUGUGCGGAGAUGGAGCCAAUGACUGUGGGGCUUUGAAAAUGGCACAUGCAGGGAUAUCACUGUCAGAGCAGGAGGCAUCUGUAGCUUCACCUUUCACAUCACGAACUCCCAGCAUAGCAUGUGUGCCAGAGCUAAUCAGGGAAGGCCGUGCUGCCCUUGUCACUUCCUUCUGCAUGUUCAAGUACAUGGCACUGUACAGUAUCAUCCAGUACCUUGGUGUUCUUCUGCUGUACUGGCAACUAAACUCCUUCGGGAAUUACCAAUUUUUAUUCCAAGAUCUGGCUAUUACCACUGUAAUUGGUGUGACAAUGAGUUUCACAGAUGCCUAUCCAAAGCUGGUUCCCUACAGACCUCCUAGCCAGCUCGUCUCACCCCCGUUGCUGCUUUCCGUCAUACUUAACAUCUUCUUCAGUCUCAGCAUCCAAAUUCUAGGGUUUGUCGUGGUCCAGAAGCAGCCCUGGUAUUCCAAGACCAAUAUACACAGUGCCUGCCUCUCAGGAAAUGACAGCUAUGCAAAGAAUUCUUCCACUAUUUCCAGCCUUGACUUCCAUGGGAUGAGAGACGGAGCCUUGAGGGAAGUGGACAAUGGCUAUAAGAGCUAUGAAAACACCACAGUGUGGCUGCUAAGUACUAUCAACUGCCUCAUCGUAGCACUAGUUUUUUCCAAAGGAAAACCUUUCAGGCAGCCUGUCUACACAAACUAUGUAUUUGUACCGGUGCUCACAGUGCAGCUGGGUAUUUGCCUCUUCUUGGUGUUUGCUGAUAUUGAUGGUCUCUACUCAAAGAUGGAUCUUGUCUGCACUCCCACCACAUGGCGAGUCUUCAUGGUGAUAAUUCUUGCAGUGACACUUGCUGUGUCCUUCAUAACUGAGGAAGCUGUCAUUGAGAACAGAGCCCUGUGGCUGCUGCUGAAAAAGACCUUCAGGUACUAUUCGAAGAGCCAUUACAAGAGGCUGCAACGAAUGUUAGAGAGGGACUCAUCCUGGCCACCUCUGAAUGAAACUUUCUUCUCAGAUUCUGUUGCAAUAUCAAUAGAUGAAAAUAUGGGAGGUCACAGCAAUCCAACAUUUGACAGCAAUGAGAACACACUCUGAAGG